UCUGAUAGAGAAUCCAGAGUUAUAUACCUGGUGGAGGCAACUUUCAGCGGGUCGCACUAUAUAAGAGAAUGACGAGCCGACCGCCCAUGAUAAAAGCUCGUGUGUGUUGUCAAUCCUGUGUACGUGCUCAUUGUUAAACUUUCCCUCUCUACCUUCGUGUCUUGUCGACAGUAUGUAUCGUGUUUGUCUGCUGUUCGUAAUCGCGACAUCGGCGGCGCAAGGUCCUUACGAUUUAGAAUCAAGAGCUGUAACUCUUCCUGGCAAACCAACAUUAGGGCCACUUUAUACGUCCGCAUUAGGUGGGAGUCAAGGUUUUCGUGAUAACAGUUACGAAGAUAAUGCUGUAACACCCACCCCAUCGUCUGCUCCACUUUACAGAAAUCCGAACAAUCAACCACCCUUGUAUCGUAAACCAACAUCGUCACCGCUCGAUGGUUCUCAUGAUUAUCAAUCAAGUGUAAGAGUAGGAGGUGGUCCACCACCACGUGGUCCACCACCUCUUCGUGGUGGUGGUGGUCCGAUUGGUCCCAAUGGCCCGAUCAAUGCGGAAGAACUCGAGGAAGAGAAAGAGGAACCGGAUCGUUUGACCCUUUUACUUCCUCAGAGCAAGUUCGAUUGUGUUGGUAAACAAACUGGAUAUUAUGCCGACGAAGAUUUGCAUUGCGAGGUCUUCCAUUAUUGUCAUGAAAAUGCGAAACAUUCCUGGAUCUGUCCAGAAGGAUUUACAUUCCAUCAGGUUCACCUGAUUUGUAUGCCACCGAGCGGUGAUAUCAGUUGCAAAAAGAGCUCGCAAUAUCAUUUCGUCAAUGAAUAUCUUUACAAACCAUUGAACCAAGCCGAAGCUGAAACGAAACCUAACGUGACCUUGAGAUACAGCGAGAGGUAUUAUCCAGCGGAUAUAUAUACCGAUGAAAGGGAGGCAGGCGAUUAUCAGAUCACUCCUACGUCAGCACCUGUUCGACGUCCUCUGCAACAGGUUUUCACCGGUCAACCAUCAGCAGCUUUGAACAGCAUUCCUUCGUCGGCACGUCCUCAAAUACAAGUACCGCAAUUUCGUCUACCGGUGAAUCAAGUUUUUCAUAGUCCCGAAGAAGUGAAUAUACCUCUUCAACAUAGACGACCUCAACCACAACAGCAUCAAGCGAUCAGAAGAUUCCCUCAAGUUCGACCUGCGGAAGAAGAUUACGAGUAAACUCUGAGAAUUUCUUUUCCCAUAUAUAUAUAUAUAUAUAUAUAUAUGUGUAUAUAUAUA